UUUCCUUUUAUGCACAAUUUACGGAUCUUCUACGGAAAUGACUACACAACACCAUCAAUCCCAGACACAAGGUACAUGUGUACAAUAUCCCUGUAACAUCACAGCCUCUGCUCAACUAAAAUGUAACUGUGAUCAAUAUCCUUGUAAUAGCGUAGCCUAUGUACAACUCAAAUGGGGUCGCAAGAAAACAAAUUCCGACCUGAUCUUGUGGAAAGAAGGAAGCCUAAGAAAUGGAAUGAAAUACCAAGAUGGAAAUCUCACUAUUCUAAGUAAAGGUCUAUAUUUUAUUAAUUGCCGACUUCACUUUAUAAUUAAUAAAUGUUUAGAGACACAUGACUUUGACUUAUACACCAAGUUGGUCUUGAACGGAAUAGCAGUAUAUGAAGUGCUGACUACUGUAUUACCGACCAAUAGUUCGUACUGCAGGAUCUACAAAGAUCAACAUCUUAGUCUUCACAUAGAGCUAAACCCUUCUGACAAUUUGUCUGUCCACACAAGACAUCCUGAAUGGCUUAAUGAAGAGCAUUUAGCUGAAAGUAUUCUGUUUGAGGCAUUCAAGAUACAAUAUAAAUGAAAGAAAACAAAUGAUUUAUAAGUUUGACUAUAUUUAUAAGGUUUAAUAGGUAAAUACAUGCAGUAAUAUCCAUUCUGGCUCAUAGAGGAGGUUAUCUAUGAUGUCUAUGACAUCCGUAUGAGAUGAAAUAUAUGGACAGAGGUGGAAGCCAUAAAAAAAUCCCCUUUAAGUUUCUAUUUUGUUUGCAAUAGUAGAGAUUGGGAUACACAGAAUAAUCAAAUGCAAAAUAUAACUGGAUUUUAUUUAAAGCGGCAGCUCCUUGAAGUGCUUCCUUUGAUUGGCGCUGUAUUUAUCAAGUAGGAAAUCUACCAUCUAUGUGAUCAUUUAUCCCCUUUUUUGCUGCUGUUGUUGCAUAGCCCUAAUUUCACAGUUACAUUAUGUGGGUAUCUUGUGUAUAUUUUAUUGAAAAUGUAGCCUGCAGUGUUCUUCAUUACAGUCAGAGCUGCAAGAUGUCAAUGUACAGCAUACUAACUAAACUAACUAAACUAAGGACAUAUCAUAUCUAUGACUUUAUCUUGCAUAGGCCUUAUGUAUCCGGUCACAUUACAAUUCUAUACAAUUUUAUAGAACCAUAGAACAGUACCCAUAAAACAUACCUCUUAUGCCCUAUAAACAUAGU